AUGAGCAGCGCACGGAGGAAGGCGCACAAGUUGUGCGCGUUGUGGUUCGCUGCCGACCUUUGCAUCUUCUGCGAACUGGCGUGCGCGGAAUGCAUGUGCAAACGAAUACUGUAUGCAGCUUGCCUGGUGGUGGCCGUCAGUAUGGCGGUCCGGAGGAGGUUGAUGAUCAGCGCUGGUGUCUUGGAUGUUGCAGGAUUGGACGAGCAUGCAGCAAGAAUGCAAUUGAGCUCCUUUCGCCCCGAUUUCUUGCCACCUUUAUGGUAUACAGAGCUAGCUGUAAUGGGAGGGCAAAUCCUGUUCGUCCUUGCUGGAUCGUUCUGCUUAACAUGCAGUGCAUUUGUCUGA